CCUGAGCUCAAACGAUCCACUCACCUCAGCCUCCCAGAGAGCUAGGAUUACAGGCGUGAGCCACCACGCCAGGCCGAGUAGAGUUAACCUAAAGACAGAUUUCCUUCUCUUCCUUCCCAUUUCUUUUGUUUUAUUUUUGUUUAUUUGUUUCUUUGUUUGCUUUAAAGAAUUGAAAAGGAAAUCUGUUCCAGCAGUUUGGAAUAAAAUUUACAUCAAAAAAUGAAUUUAUUCAUGUUACUGAUAUUUAAACACAAUAUUAUUUGUCAAUGAACAUUUAUUAAAUACCUAGUAAAUUUCAGGCACUGUGCCAGGCACGGGUAUGACAAUGACAAUAAGGUGUGGUCCCUGCUGUCAAGGAGCUGACAGUCCAGGAGACUGACAAGUGAACAGGUGAUUACGUGCAAAGUAACCAAGGCUGUGAUGUGAUACAAGAAUACCAGUGUGAGUAUGUGAUGAGAGUUCCCUUCUCUUAGAUUUAUCUCUUUUUCUUUAGCUCUAAAGCCAAGGAUUUGGUCCACAUUUUUCUUAACUGUGUGUAUUAAACCAUGAUUUUUUUAAUUUCUAGAGAUGAAAGGCAAGCACCUCGAAUUAUGGAGGAUAAUUGGCAUAUUUGUUCCUUGCUAUCCACUUUUUUUUUCCUAUUUUUUCUCUUUCUCGUCUCCAUUUUAUCUUUUAGAAAUGUGGGUAGUUCCCAAAGGAAGAGUGUUUUACAGAGUCUAAGGGUGAUUUAUAGGUAAAGACAGAAAAUGAUUUUUUUUUACCUACAAGUUUCAUACUAAAAAAUGAAUAUCAACUUUUCAUGUAGUCUCGUGCGCACGGAAAAUGCAGGUAAUUUUAAUUCCAUUGCAUUUUUUCAGAAUUCUCAAUCAAAAUCCUCUGGCCACUGUUGAAGAUUCAUAUCUUUAUAAAUUGCCAGCAUUAAAAUAUCUAGACGUGGGAACAACACAAGUCUCACUUACAACAAUUGAGAACAUCCUCAUGGAAACUCUUGAGUUGGAAAAACUGAUCUUACCUAGCCGUCUGGCCUGCUGCCUCUGCCAAUUUAAAAGUAAUAUUGAGACUGUCUGCAAGACAGUGAAGCUACAGUGUGAGAAUUCAUGUCUGACAAGCACCACAGAUUGUCGUGAAGAAGCAUCUCUAGGGAAUACAGAAGGAUCGCUCAUGAAGGUAUUACAAGCCCGAAAGAAGCACACCAGCACUGAGCUGACUAUUGAGCCAGAGGCACCCUCGGAUAAACAUGGCAUCAGCUUGUCAGGCUUCACGAACGAGCCGCUGGGCUUCAAUGAUGAAAGCGAUGUUAUUAGUGCACUAAAUUACAUAUUGCCUUACUUCUGAGAGGGAAAUCUAGAAGAUUCUAGAAGGGAAAUCUAGAUCCAUUCUGACUUGGAUACUUUCACUUCUUGCUGCUCACUGAGAAGCUUCAUCAGGAGGCCUGUUCUAGCGAUGAGCUUGGCACAGGCCAAGUGCACAUGGCUCUCAGAACAGUCCAUUUUCAAAGUCCGGAUGACGUGAACAAUGAGCCUUCGCAUGUCGUUAUUGAGUAUGCAGGAUUGUAGCUGCUGGUUUAGCUGCAUUUCAAACUGAUCACCUGGGGAUGAGCUCACGGGAUAAUUAAAGUCGUGGGGCAUGGGGGUGAAGUCAGUGCCGGUGUUGUGGUAAUCCCACUGGGUGUCGCUGGCUUCUUUAACCGUUGGCAUUAUGUUGAAUGCAGGCCCAGUGGACCCUGCAGUGGAAGGAUUCUCAUAGGUUGUGCUUUCAGGGACAGCUUCUUCGGGCACAGCAGUGCUUCCUACAGAAAUCUUUGCUUAAAAGUAAUUCCUUCAGGGGAUGUACCAAUGUGUUCUGUAGAAACUUCUGAAAGGGAAAAUAACUCUGGAAAAGGAUUCUCCUGAUGACUCGGGUCUCCUGAAGAUGAAAAAGCUUCACGUGAAGGGGAAUUGAUGAGGCUCCUGACUGGAGAGAACAGAGGCCUGUUUGCAAACACCAGUCUUUUGAGCAAACUUUCCGUUUUGACCUCUUGACUUAGUUUGCCCUUGGGUGUCCCAUGGGCCACAUGGGAAUGAGUUUUACGAAAGUGGUAUUUUAUUCUGGAGUGUACAAUUGGCUUAGCAGCCUUCAUACUUUUCAUUUUAGCAUUUGGGUCUUCGAAACAAAAAUGGUGUCGGUCAAGCCUUUUGAUCUGUUUUUAACCUUAGGUGGGGGUUUUGCAGUGGUGGGAGCAGCAGGCACGCCCACAGAGCCCUGUUUCAGUAAAGAAGAGACAGCUGCCUUAUGCUCCUGCGUGAACGAAGGCUUGGUGUGCAAGGAGCUUCCCACAAACUUCUUGGGGCUCUGCACCCCGGGAAGCUGUUCCAGUUCACUGGGGACUGGUCUCCCAAGCCUUCUGGCUUCGGCAAUUUCCUUUGCAACUGGCCAGGCACUCUGUUUCCUCCUGAUUCUCUCCUCUUCUAAGAGUUUUUCCUUAUGCACUUGGGCCCCUUGAGGACUAUCUUCAUCCUCUGCCGCCUUUUUCCUGUACCCUCAGUCUCUGCCAGGCUGUUUUCCUGUGGUUGCGCGGUUUCCAAUAUUUUAGGAAAGAUUUGGCAUUUAAAUUUGGGACCUAAACGGCUGGACUGCAUAAGCAUGGUAGCUUUUUCUUUCUUUUUAACCUUAUCAAUCUUUUCUUGAAUUUCUGCAUGUAAUAAAUUUUUCAGAAAAUA